CCCCUGCUGGGGCGUUUGACAAGGCUUCCGGCAGAGGUUGGCCGAGUUUCCCCCCCACACCCGCCACAGCCGGUUGGCCAAAGACGUUAGCCGCAAAAAACGCACACGCGCGCACACACAUACACACACAAACACACACGGUUCGCUGUUUCUGCCGCCUCAGGAGGCGAGGGUGGGGGGGCCGGCGGCAACAGAAAUUACUCGGUUUGGAGUCCUAGGGAUUCGCUUUUAACGCCGCGAGGAAGUUGCAGUAACAGCAAGGAGCGAAGGAGAGUCCACCGUUGCUGUCAGUUCCCAGAGUUUCUUCCAAGCUUCAGACCGGAGGUUUGGAGGAGUGACCUGCAUGGGCCUCACCUGGUGGCCUUGGGGAGCCUGUCUAAAUGACUUGCUAAUUUCCACCAACACACCACAACAGCAGCCAUUCUGUGAGCAGAAGGCAAGAAAAGAAACAAUGGAUGGAAACUAACCAAGGGGAGAAGGAGAACUAAGGAGAAACUUCCUACCAGUGAGGACAAUUAACCAGUGGAACAGCUUACCUUCAGAAGUUGCCUUGCAUUUCAGAGGACCUAAAAAUAGGUUUUGUCAUCUCUGAUCAUGCCACUCAAACUGAGAUAAGUGAAGUAGGAGAUCUGAAACAGUCGACAGCAAUGACAAGAUCUUUACUAGAGUUUACAUACUCUCUCUGCGAUGACUUUGCAAUGUAUAAAAAUAUUCUAAAAAUGCAAUAUGAGGAAAAAAUACAGGAAUAUUCAUCCAAACUCUGGCUAGAAAUAAGUGACCGACUGGAAGACAUUGAGAAACUUUAUAAGCAGAAAGAAAUGAAAACACGAUAUAGCUACCAACAACAAUUAAGUGAUGCACUUGCUCUUCUUAAAAUGAACUAUUCAAAAUAUGUACAACUGGAUGAACAAUGUAAAGUAGAUUUAUCAGCUGCAAAAAUAGAUAAAUUAAGGAGAAUCAUUGAUGAGCAAGCAGAUAAAAUUGAAUAUUUAACAGCGCUGUUAGAGGAAGAGAAAGACAUGAGAGAUGAAAAGCUUCAACGUGAAGGGUACGUUGAUGUGGAGUGGCAUCGGCAACAGAUGCGAGAAUUGAGAGAGCAAAUAAUUAGCCUGACUGAAAAAAACACACAGCUUCAAGAAACUGUGAAACUGGGAGUGAAAGAACAGAUUAAUUUAGAGAACGAAAUAAAACUUAUGCAGAACAAAAUGGAAAAAGAUAUGAAGGCAAUGGAAAAGUUAAUAAAUGCUUACGACUUACUGAAGGCGGAACUUGACAGAGAGAAGGAAAAAAUGCAAGCAAAGGCUCAGGAAAUAAAAGAAGCUCAAGAUGGUCAAACAAAGUUAAAAGAAACUGAAGCUCAACCACUAGCAAAGAAAGUCUCAGAUCUGGAUGGAACAGUGAAAAAAGGCCGAAGAAAAAGCUUGAAAGGGAAAACUGUCAAAGAAUCGGCUAGUAAAGAGACAGCUCUUAAAUCAGUAACUACCAAAGACACAACCAUCAAAGAUGCAGCCGCCAAAGCAGCAACCAUCAAAGAAGCAGCCACCAAAGAAGCAGCAACCAAAGGAGAUGGGACAAGUGAAACUUUGGAUGAGGUAACAGCGGCUGACAGAAAAGCACUGUAUAAUGAAAUAAAAAGGCUUAAGAAAGCUGAAGAGCAAGCAAGAUUGCAGGUACAAAGACUUCAGAAGGAAUUAAGUGAGUUGAAUCAAUCUUGGGAAUUAAAGUUUGAUAUUCUAAAGAGAAGCCUGCAUGCUAUUAAGAAUGAGAUGUAUCUUAGACAAUCACUGCAGCAAUCAGUGAAAUUCCGACGCCCAUUACUAAAUGAAAGGAAAGCUUUGCCUAUACACAUCCAGAAUCGAGUUCAGAAUCCUCCACAUAAACGCCGUUGGAUCUCAAGUACUUUGUAUAUGCAGUAUUCACCUCUGCCGGAGAUAACUACUGAGAUAGAUAUUGAAUCAGGUGAUGAAGAACAAAAUGAUGCUGACAGUUCAGCUACAACUGCAGUACCCAAAGCUUUAACACAAGAUGAGGAAGAGGUUGAACAAUCAAGGUUACUGCCUUCACCUCUUGUGUCUAUUGGACACUGAUGUGGGUUGGAGUCCUCUACCUUAUCUGGAACAAUUGUCUGCACCAAAAAGGUUGAAUGCUUUCAGUUUUUCUAAAGUUUAGAAAGAACCCAAAACCAAUUGGCCAGAUGAGAAGCCAUUGCUCCUGAAAGCGCUUGAGCACUUUCUGCCCAAAUGUUACAAUGGUAGAAGUGAGUCAAGAUAUUUAUUUCUGGGGCACUGCUUCUAACUGUUAAGGAGCAUUGGAGUGUUUAUCCUGCUUCAAAAAUAAAUAAAAGCGUUAAAUAAAGAAAUUUAGGGCCACAUCUCUCUGAAUUAUUAUUCUGCAAAAGACUUACCAUUAAAAUGCAAUAAAAAAUUAGUUGCUAAACCAAGCUUGAUUUCUAAGAAUGCAGACUUUGUGGAAUGUAAAAUCAAAUCUGUUCUGUCAUUCCAUCAAAAUAAAAUGACUUUUUAUUUAAAUAGCUGUCAUUUUAAAUAGGGUGAACUAGAGAACUUUGAAGAUAAAAUACAUUUGUCCAAUCUGUUUUAAAUACCCCUUUCAAGAUAUAUUAGCCUGAAACAUAGUGUUGAGGUAGUCCAAGAUUCAUCAUGCAGCACAAAAUAUUGCUCCUGGCAUAUUUAUUUUUACAAUGUGGGGCUUAGAUUCACAGACCGUAUUAAUCCACAUUGUGCUGUGUAAUCUACAGCAGAUUCAGGCAAUAUGCUAAAGCAUAAUAAGGCUUCAUUUUGAUUAAUGUAUCAGGUGAACUCAUUCAGGGUUUGUUUUUCUGCUGCCUUUUGUGUUGCUUUAGCGAACCUUGGAAAGAACAACUGAUACUGACUUUCUAACUGAUUUUAGGCUUGUAGGUCAGAUUUACUCAACCUGUUGAUCUUUAGAUUUGUUGGGAGUUAAGCUUCCAGAAUUUCCAGCUGGAGAUUCUGGUAAUGAUUGAUUAUUCUGCAGGUGAAAUUCUCUUCUCAGCACAUCCCAAGGAUAAGAGCUUGGGGAAAAACUGGUUUUAGUAUUUAAUCUCCACCCAAAGCGUGCCAUAAUUUAGUUGGGUACUUCUUUCCAACCUAAAGUAUAUUUCUUAUACUUUUAAGCUUGUAAAGUGAUGAUGAAGUUCAAGAAUGCCUCAUGAUUUUGAGCUAUAACUACAUGCUUACAAAUACAAAUGAAAGAUGAGGGGGUAAAAGUCGCUGAACAAAACAAAGGUACUUUGGUAAGUGACUGCCUCUUGGGCACUAAUUGGCCAUUGAUUUUGUACGCCUAGCCUAGUUGCACCAAGAUCACAAAAUGUUUGUCUUGUUUGGGCUUGAAGCUCCAAAUUCUUUGUGAUUACCCAAUUAGAAUGAAGCUGAUGGCAACCAGACAGGAUGCAAGAGUGAAAUGAGCAGAAACUCGGUUGGGGGGUGACAGUGUUUCCCCCACACCCUUUUCACACAAUGGCCCUUUGCAAGCCCCUACCGUUCUUCAGGCUUCAGCCCGGCUCCUUUUACUCUGUGUGCCAGAGGCAUUUCCAAAGGAUUGUUGCCCUAGAAACUUGGUUUCAACCUCCUGCUAUAUAUCAACAAGCUUGUUUUAGCAAUUCCCCUGCCUGAAUUACAGUUACACAGUUUGGCGCUUCUUUCAAAUUUCCUCCCAUUACUUGGGCCAAAGAAAGGCAUUUUUCCUCCUUUAGAAAUGAAUUGGCUUAAUUAGUAAGUAGAUUAAUGGCAAUGGCUGGUGAGUUGGUUUCCAGCAGAGUUUCACCAGAGAGGGUUAAUCGGAGUCAGGGCUGGAAUCGUUCCCAGAACUGGCUGCCAGCCAUUUUCCAUCAACAAAUCAACCCAGAAACAAAUGCACUAGCUCCUCGCAGUUCCUAUCAGAGAAAUAGAGAUGAUGAGUUUCCUUUGAGAGCCACCAGCAGCAAAGCUGCCCAAACAUGUGGUUUUUCCGCUGCAGGGCCAUCAAAGGACACCCAGAUUCUGACUUUGCUCAGCAUUAAAUUCAAACUUUCAAAGUCCUUGCCCAAAAGAUGGGCAACCCAAGUGAGAGAAUGAAUGAGGGGGGGGGAAUUCAAGCCUUCCCUUCUUUCUCUCUUCUGCAGCCUCUUCUCUUUUUCUGCUUUCUCGUUUCUCAAAUUUAAUAUGAAUUGCCAGUCAUGAGAACCUGCAACACCAAGCUGCAAAGACUCUGGUCUAAAUUAUUUUUCUGAUUUCCAGAUUUCUUUUAAAUCUACUUAAGAUCAGUGUAUAUUCUUGGAAAGUCUUACUCACGUUUAUGUGAAAUCACCUUUGCUUUUAGAGCUACCACAUCUGGGUAGCAGAAAUCCAAGCAGCCACUAGAUGGUGAGAGAGAGUUAGAAUUUUCUAUUUCAUUCUGGUGGGUUAGUAGCUGAUGGGACCUCUGCAAGACUUUUAUGCUGAAUUUAUCCAUUGAAAAGUUUAUGGUUGAACUGAAAAUUUGAAUUUUACCAUGUUGGCCUCAUAUUUGCAAAUGAUGUGUUGCUUUGCCACUAUAUCAAGAACAAAAUUGCAUUUAUGGACCAAAACUUCCUUUCUGACGUCCGUAUUGUAAUCUGAUGAUGGAAAUUUGAGCACUGCA